AGUGAGUUGUCAAGAGAAACCUACAGGUGUCCUCCACUAAUUGACAAGAAACUAGAAUCACUUGUAUGUGAAGCAAUAUCAGUAGCUAUACCAGUACAAGUUAAGAGAAGCAAAGAAGAAAUCCAAGAAAAUUUUUGAGGUUCUGUGGGUUAUUUUUUGGGAAAUGGGAGUGAAUUUGUUAGGAUUUUCUCACCCCCAUAUAUCUCAGCAAAGCUCAUGCAUGGCCACCCCAAGUGUUUGAGUGAUUAAAAGCUUCCAUCUUUCUCUCUAAACAAAUUGUCAUCAUAUUCGCCAUCAUCACUGGAGGUUCAAUAGACAUGGAGGCAACAAUUUGUUGUUUUUUAUUAGCGCUGCAAAUAGUGAGCUUUGCUUCUGGGACAAGCAGGCCUUUUGCACAUAACGAUGGUGUUGGUGUCAAUCCACCAGGCCUGAAUUCGGAGUCUUCACAAGUUCUUCUGGCCUCAAACUCAGUCCCCCAGAUGGGAUCUAAACAGGAUAUACAAGGCAUGGGAGAAGUGGAAGGAUUAAAUGAAAAAGCAAAUUCUAAAGAGUGGAGCAAAAUUGGAUCAAGCCCACCAAGCUGUGAACACAAGUGCUUUGGUUGCACUCCAUGUGAGGCCAUCCAAGUACCCACAACUAGCAAAGCCCAUAACCAUUUGGGUGUCAAUUAUGCAAAUUAUGAGCCUGAGGGAUGGAAAUGCAAGUGUGGCUCGUCAUUCUAUAGCCCAUGAACCAUUUUUUUUUUUUUAAAUUAUGCUUGAGAUGAUCAUGUCUUUUUUUUUUUUUUUUUGUACAAAUUUCACAUUCAUAUUAUUAUUAGUUCCAAGUAAUCUUUGUUGAUACUUGGAAUUUUGAAUGGCUUUUUAAAAAGUUUUAGUGAAUAUCUACCUUCAUUGACUUAAAAA